AUGGCGAACCAAACACCAGCCGUUGUCAUGGACAACGGUACUGGCUAUUCCAAGCUUGGUUUCGCCGGUAACGAUUCUCCUUCAUUCGUUUUCCCCACCGCAAUUGCAACCAAGGCAGCUGGAAGUGCUGGAAGCUCCGCAGGCCGUCCUCCAGUCGCAAACAAGCCCUCGUUCCUCGGCGGCGGAGGUGGGGCUAGCUCCAACCUCUCCGCGAAGCGUGGCACGGAGGACUUGGACUUCUUCAUUGGUGAUGAGGCCCUGGCUGCCGGCCAAGGUCCAGGCUAUGGCGUCAACUACCCCAUUCGGCACGGACAGAUUGAGAACUGGGACCACAUGGAGCGAUUCUGGUCAAACUCCAUCUUCAAAUACCUGCGCGUCGAGCCCGAGGACCACUACUUCCUUCUCACCGAACCUCCCCUGAACCCUCCCGAGAACCGCGAGAACACCGCCGAAAUCAUGUUCGAAUCGUUUAACUGCGCCGGUCUUUACAUUGCCGUCCAAGCCGUCCUUGCUCUCGCCGCAUCAUGGACAUCGUCAAAGGUCACGGAUCGCUCUCUGACUGGAACUGUCAUCGAUUCCGGUGACGGUGUUACUCACGUUAUCCCCGUCGCCGAGGGCUACGUCAUCGGUUCCUCCAUCAAGAGUAUCCCAAUCGCUGGACGCGACAUCACAUAUUUCGUGCAGAACCUACUACGUGACCGCGCAGAGCCCGACAGCAGCUUGAAGACAGCAGAGAAGGUCAAGGAAGAGUACUGCUACGUCAGUCCGGAUAUCGUCAAGGAGUUUGCCCGUUACGACCGCGAGCCAGACCGCUUCCUCAAGCACACCGUCACUGCGCCCAACGGGCGGAGUGUGAACAUUGACAUUGGAUACGAGCGUUUCCUUGCCCCGGAAAUUUUCUUCAACCCCGAAAUCUACUCGUCCGACUUCCUCACCCCGCUCCCUAACGUCGUCGACGGUGUCAUCCAAUCCUCCCCCAUCGAUGUCCGAAGAGGACUUUAUAAGAACAUUGUCCUGUCUGGUGGCUCUACUUUGUACAAGGACUUUGGUCGUCGCCUACAGCGUGACAUUCGUCACUUGGUAGAUGACCGAAUUCGUGCGUCCGAGGCCCGUAGCGGUGGCGCGCGGAGUGGUGGUCUCGAUGUUGCGGUCGUUACCCACAAACGCCAGCGUCACGGUCCCUGGUUCGGAGGUAGUCUGCUGGGUCAGACUCCCGAGUUCCGAAGCUACUGCCACACCAAGGCCGAGUAUGACGAGAUAGGUCCCAGCAUUGUGCGGCGGUUUGCCCUGCUUGGUGGUCCGGGAAGCUCGUAA